GAAGUUUGUGUAAACAGAUUAUUAUCAUACGGUUCAAAAUGGCGGAAAAGGGGAGUGAGAAUAUGGAAAAUAACAGCGCCGAUGAUGCCGUUCCUGGACGAGUAGAGCAAGUAUUAUGUCAACCGUGUUCCAGUAAGGGUAAACAAACAAUAGCUGAUGUGUUUUGCUCUAUUUGUGAUGAAUUUCAGUGCAUGGAUUGUUCAAACAUACACAAAACGUAUGCUUUUAUGAAAAAUCACAAAUUAGUGAACGCAAAAGAUAUUAAAGAGAAACCAGUCUCGUUUGAUAUGAAGGGAUUAGACCAAUGUGACCAGCAUCAUAAAGAUUUAGAGUUCUUCUGUGAAGAUGAGAAUCAGCUAUGCUGCAGUACUUGUGCUAUUGUUAAUCACCGUAAAUGUCACAGUGUCGUAGAAAUAAGGAUGAUCGCCGGAAGGCCUGAAUCAACGCGUUCCCAAUUAAAGGCCAAGUUGCAGGAAAUAAGAAACAAAGCUGAAACUGUCGUUAAAUAUACUAAGUCAUCAAAGGAACGACUGAAUAAAGAUGUUAAAGAAGUGACUGUAAAAAUUAGACGAAUGCGGGAUAAUGUAAUGAAAAUGUUUGACGAUUUGGAAGUUUCCGUUGCUAAGGACGCUGAAUCAUUUAAGACAGAAACAUUCGAUAAGCUGACAAAGAAGCAAUCAGACAGUGAGAAACAUAUUGCUGAUGCAACAAAAUCUUUUGAAACAAUUGAUAACGUUCAUCAGAAAGGGACACCAUCACAACAGUUUAUACUGGAACAGAGAAUGAAAAAUCAAGUCGAUGAACUUAGCAGCAACGUUGACAAGGAAUGCCAAAGGUUAGAGACUGUGACAGUUUCAUUUGAUUUUGAUAAAACACUGAAACUGCCCCCACUUCCGAUUUCUGAUUACGUUCCGGGACAACUGACAUUAAGAUUCUCAAUAUCGGAAGAUGUUAAACCCAUCGCACCUGUAGAUCCGAUUGUAAAGUUAACAAAGAUUACUUGCAUUGAUUUGAAGCAGACUGGAGAUGAUGUCAUGGAACCGUUUUACACAGGACUGGAUUUUCUGCCGGAUGGCAGACUGAUUACCGUGGAUAAUAAAAACAAGAAAUGUUUGAUUUACAAUGAGAAGCUUGAGAGAGUAGGAUCAUUUCAGUUAUCGUAUAAGCCACAGAGUGUAGUUGCUGUAUCUGAGGAGGAAGUGGCGAUAACAAGUGCCAAUCAAUACAAGUUAGACUUUCUCCGUGUAAGUAAAUCUAACGAAAUAACUUUGAUCAGGACAUGUAAAGUUAAUACAAAAUACGAGUCUAUAUGUUCGAAAGAUGAGAGACACCUUGUUGUUGGAACUAAUGACGAUACAAGACAUGUUCGUAUUGUAUCUCUGUCAGGAGAAGAGAAAGAUUUCAAUAUCAACUUACGGAACAAGAAAUAUCCUAUAGGCACAAGUGCUUGUACAUAUAUUAGAAACAGUGAUAAAGUGGUUCUCACCGAUAGGGACGAGCAUACUGUCUAUAUAUAUGACAUCAAGAGCAACACCAGGGUUGUUGUCAAGGACGACCGGAUUAAGGAACCAUGGGGUGUAGCAGUAGGUCCAUUAGACUGUAUCCUAGUUUGCAGUAAUAAAAUACAUUCCAUUGUACAGAUCUCUCAAACAGGCCGUGUCCUAUCAUCGUACAAGUUAGAUAUGAAAUGUUCAUACAGAGUCUGUGUUUCCAAGGACAAAUCAGUCAUAUCUGUCACAAAUAAUGUGGAUGGUGUUAGAAAGUUGCAGUUGCUAAAAAUUACAUUAUAAAUUCGAUAACAUUCUUUACUCUGUCUGAAAUAUACAAUUUUGCUGGAAAGGAUAAGGAAAAAAGAAAUUGAGAGAAAAAACUUCCACACUUACAUAUAGUUACAGAGUCGGAAAAUCGCCUUGUACAGCAAUAGUUACAAAAUAUAUUUUGACAUACGUAAAGGACUAAAGACACAUUGUUCAGUUGUGUGAAAAAGAAACUGUUUUUCAAAUAUUCAAUUGCGAAAAUAAAAAUUUCAUGAUAUUAAAUAAACGACAUAAAUGAGAUUAGAUGAAAAUGUAUACAUAUUUGACAUUCACGAAACACUUCCCUUUGUUAGUAAUUCAGAUUUCAACAAAAAGAAUAAUAAUGUGAUUUAAGGUAUUCAUGUUUUAGUUAUUAUCAUACACAAUCUCGGGAGACAACCAACGUAUUACAUGUAGGCCUAUAUAGAAAAGACAUUAGUUAUGUUUUG